AGUGUAGCAUACCUGAUAAUAUUUUAUUUAUUAUAAAACUUUUCUGGGGCUGUGAUGGGCUGUGGUACCUAUAAUUAAUUCUUCGUCAAUGUAAUGUAUCGUUCUUUCGAUGUGCAUUUACUCUUCUGCUACUUAACAAUCUGCGUACGCAUGAAAUUUCUCUAUUUUUCUCGCUGUGUGAGGUACCUGCAUAGUGAUACUAUUUCAAUUUCAAUUGUCCCUGUUAUUACCAAAUAUAUAUCCAUUAAUAGAUUUAAAAAAAAAAUACAACUAAAAAUCAUUUACAAAAUUCUGUUGUAAACAUUCUGAGCUUUAUAAUACAUAAACAAUAUUUUUGUAACUAAUCUUAACGUUUGUAAGCAAACAAUGAGUAUGUAGUUCAAAAAUAUUUAUUGCAAACUCCUGCUAACUAAUUCACGUGGCACUUAAUUAAUACUUUCAGUUAGUUAAAUUUAAUCUUUCAAAUAGGAAGUUUCUAUUCUAUAAAGGUAAGCAUAGAAAGUACCUACAUUAUAACAAUAUACUGCAUAUUUAAAUUUAACUUUUAUAAUGUCUAUUGUAAUGUUUGUUAACGUGGGUUCUUUUUUUUUUGAAUUCCUAUCCGAUUUAUCUGUUAUGCCAUUGAACUAUUUAAAAAAAUAUGAUGUCAAACCGGAAUAUAAGAUAAUAAGUUGCUUUAUGUAUUUUUAUUUGAUCAAAUCGUCGCUUGCAUGUAAUUUGUUGUAUUUAAGUACUUUGUGGUUUGUAAUUUUAAAAUUAGAAUUUAUGCACUUUAUCUGCUACCCCAUUACCUCUGUUUUACCAUCCCCUUGUUACAUUGCUUUUGCAUAUACGGCACUAAACUUAGUUUAAACAUAUUAAUUUAUAUCUGCAAACACAGGUGUGUGUAGCAAAUAUUUCUAUUUUAUACACACCGGUAUAUAUUAUGCUUUUUUUAAUUUGGUUCUGGAAAGUAACAUUUUUUUUUCGUCCCUUUACGCUCAUUAAUACGGAGUUGGUGAAAAUUUAUGUGAAAAAAGUGUAUGACAAUUACCAUUGCUUAGUAAUGCAGCAUUUUUUUUUAUAAUCAGACAGCUUUUAUUGCAUCAAUAAAAACUAUGUUUUUCCUUUUAUUAUAAUUGUUAUUUAUUUUGAAGAAAUAUUUAACUAGAGAAGAAAUGUAGACCGUUUUUGCUGCAUUGCUUUUUUUUUUAAUAGUAGAAAUAUGUGACUGUUGCAGCUGUGUCAGGCGUGUGCUUCUGCUCUCAUAUUUGUCGUUGUCGUACGUUUAUUUAUUUCUGUAUGUUUAUUCUGACAUAACAUUUAAAUUUCGUUUCGUAAUGAUUAGUGUAAUGCUUCUGCGAUGGCAGUCACAUUUUUUUGAUCUUCUAAAAUUCACAUCUCCAAAGUUAAUUUUCAAAAAUAUCAAAGUGUAUGACUGGCAACGUAAAAGAAUUACUUUCCAAUUGAUGUGAAUGUUGUGUACGUGUGAAUGAACGAAAAAAUAGAACGGACAGCUUAUUCACCGCAGUUUUGACGUAUGACGAUGGACAAGGUGAAGACGAGGAGGGCAGCCUACCCCACAUCGGCGGUUUCGGCAGCAAGCUGCCACCGGGCAUCCUACCUCACGGUCUGCCUCAGGUGAAGGAAGUUCAGCCGGCUGUGACAGCUGUAGAGCAGGAGCAGGCGAAGCAAGAAGUUAAAGAAGUUAGGGAAUUAAGCGAAGAGGAGAAACAAAUGAUAAUACUAUCAGAAGACUUCCAGCGGUUCAUGGAUCGAGCCGGUAGAAUAAUAGAGAGAGCUUUAGCUGAAAGUGUUGAUAUAUACACGGAUUACUCGGGAAGUUCUGGAGAAGAUGCCAUUGACGAAAAGUCUCAUCAAAGGAUUUCCUUAAACCGAACAUUCUACGACGAAAGGUGGUCGCGAAAUAGAUGCGUCACGUCGUUGGACUGGAGUCCACAGUAUCCCGAACUACUACUAGCGUCCUACAAUAACAACGAAGACGCUCCCAACGAUCCUGACGGUGUAGCAUUAAUUUGGAAUACAAAAUUCAAAAAAACUACUCCUGAAUACAUAUUCCACUGUCAGAGUGCAAUAAUGUCGGCCACAUUCGCUCGAUUCCAUCCUAAUUUAAUACUCGGAGGGACUUAUUCGGGACAGAUUGUAUUGUGGGACAACCGAGUGCAGAAAAGGACGCCCAUACAAAGGACACCAUUGUCAGCGUCGGCGCAUACGCAUCCUGUUUAUUGUAUGAGGGUAGUUGGAACGCAAAAUGCCCACAAUUUGAUCAGUAUAUCGACGGACGGCAGGCUGUGUUCGUGGUCCCUUGACAUGCUAAGUCAGCCUCAGGAGACACUCGAACUACACCGAAUGCAAUCGAAACCAGUGGCUGUGACUUGUCUGGACUUUCCACAUUCCGACGUAAACAAUUUUGUGGUAGGCAGUGAAGAAGGGGCCGCGUAUUCGGCCUGUAGACACGGCGCUAAAGCGGGCAUUGUCGACACAUACGAAGCCCAUCAAGGUCCGAUUACCGGCAUUAGUGUGAACGCUGUUCAAGGAGGCAUCGACUUCUCCCAUCUCUUCCUCACUUCUUCUAUCGAUUGGACUAUCAAACUGUGGAGCUUAAAAGAUAACAAACCUAUUUAUUCAUUCGAGGAUAAUAGCGAUUAUGUGUUAGAUGUUGCGUGGUCUCCUUCUCAUCCAGCUCUGUUUGCCGCUGUAGACGGGGGCGGUCGUUUGGAUCUGUGGAAUUUGAAUCAAGAUACCGAAGUGCCUGCUGCCAGUUUGACAGUAGAAGGUAACCCCGCCUUAAAUAGGGUCUCGUGGACACCUUCUGGGCUACACGUCACGGUCGGCGAUAAUCAAGGAAAAAUUUGGGUUUACGAUAUAGCUGAGAACUUCGCACAUCCCCGACACGACGAAUGGAAUAAAUUCUUGUACACAAUUCAAGAGUUAAGGAAUAAUCAGAUCGGGGAAGAAUUAGAAAAGCUUAAUUUAUCUGUUUCCAACACUCCCCUGUCCAGCAUGAGCUCUCUGACAUCAGUGCCAAGUCUGAGAUAAAAAGAAAAAGUAUGAUCCUUUUUAGAUUGUUUUCUGUGUAUUUCGGUACUUAAAGGAAAAUAAUAGGAAAUGAAAGAAAAGAAGAUAAGUACCAAUUAAAAAUAUGUACCACCUUCGUUUCUACAUAGAUCUAUUUAUUAUGUUGCUAUUGCUAUUGCUAUUUCUAUUGCGAGUAUUUGAAUAUACAGGGUUUUAAGAAAAAAAGCAUACCUGUCAAGUAGUUAUCAAACUAAAUUAAAAAGCUGUCGCUCAACGAUCGUUAGCAUUUACUGAAAAAAAUAAUAAUUAGGUUUAUUCAGCUUUAAUUACUGUCUACUUCUAAUAAUAUUUGUAACUUUGCAACACCCUAUAAUUAGUUAUUUUAUCAUAAUGAUAUUAUGAAAAGGUGGUAAAUACAUUUUAUUAUUUAUAUAAAUAAAUUGUAUCUAGACACAUCUACGUAUUCAAUGGUCCGGCUGACAUCAUUUUAUUAUUGUUUAUUGUUGAUAUUUUUUAAUCUUGAAGGUGUUUUUUAUUGAUCAAAUAAACAGUGGCAGCAAACUUUGCUUAGAAUAAUAAAAAAAUACAUGUUAGUGUAGCUUGCAUUCCUCUUGUAGAAAUAAGGGAUGAUUUUCUCCCAUUUUAUCUUUAUUUGUUUUGAAAAACAAGGUUAUCUCAUGCGACUAUAAUUUUUUUAAUUAACCUUAGAGCGUAAUAUACCUGGAGUCCGCAUUCUAUUCAUUAUGUUAUGAUCGAGCGCAGAGAAAAAUAGGAAGUGUGCCUCUCCAUCCUUUUUUCUUUCUAAUAAUGCGGCCCAAUUGCCGUAUAAAUACGUCUGCCUGAAGAGAAAGAGAGAGGCUAAGAAAGGAAGAAGCAAUCAAACCGGGUUAUAAAGAAAAAAGAUGGAGCGGCAUACUUCCUAUCACAGCUCUAUCACAUUGAUGUAUAGUAGGAUGCUGACUCUAAGUAAUUGCAAUGUUACUUAAUACAUCAGCUAUUUCCAAAACUGGACUGCUCUGUUUCCAUUUUAUGUUAUUGUCGGGAAUGUCCCACAGUGUUUAUUUAAAAAAAA